AUGUCGAAAUCCAAUGAAAGUCGCCCUCCGAGAGGUCCCAAGGCUGCAGUCCAGGGGGAGCAGCCCAAAGUCCUAGGCCCCCUGGAGAGGGUGUACCAGGAGAUCGCCAUCCUCAAGAAGCUGGACCAUCUCAACAUAGUCAAACUGGUGGAGGUGUUGGAUGAUCCCGCAGAGGACAACCUUCACAUGGUGUUUGAUUUGAUGCCAAAAGGUCCAGUGAUGGAGGUCCCUACAGACAGCCCCUUCACUGAGGACCAGACACGCCUCUACUUCAGAGACAUCGUCUUGGGCAUGGAGUACUUGCACUACCAGAAGAUAGUCCACCGGGACAUCAAGCCUUCUAACCUGCUGCUGGGUGACGACAGUCAUGUGAAGAUUGCCGACUUUGGGGUCAGUAACCAGUUUGAGGGCAACGAUGCCUUGCUCUCCUCCACGGCUGGGACUCCUGCAUUCAUGGCUCCAGAGACCCUGUCAGACAUCCGCCAGAGCUUCAGUGGCAAGGCGUUGGACGUAUGGGCCAUGGGAGUAACUCUCUACUGCUUUGUGUUUGGGAAGUGUCCGUUCAUUGAUGAAUACAUCCUGGUUCUACACAAUAAGAUCAGGACUAAAUGUGUGGAGUUCCCAGAGUCGCCAGAGAUUAGUGAAGAGCUGAAGACUCUGAUCCAGAGAAUGUUGGACAAGAACCCAGACACCAGGAUCACCAUACCUGAGAUCAAGGACUCAUUAACAGGCGGUGCUGAACGUGUCCUCUCCGACCAGAUCAACAGCUGUCCUCCGUGAUAAAGAUCCCACGCACACACACACACACACA